GGAAAUCCGAACUUGAAGGCGAAGAAAAUUCUGGACGAGUCGAGUGCACAUGUUACCAGCAGAAUUAUUGUAGUUGAAAGAAAAGUACUGCUACUGUGAAUUUUAAUUCUCUAGUUUAAACCUAUAAUUAUCAUCUCUUUACGAUACAAUGGCAGCAGUUGAAGAGUUAAGAAAAGAUCUAGAAGAGUUGGAGAAAUUCAAUAAUGAAGCAACACGGCAAAAGGUUAAAAAUAUUCUUUCAGUUGAAAUAAGAAAACUUGAAACAGAGAUAAAGAAUAAAACUGAAGCCUCCUUAUUAGAAGCUAAAUCAAUAACAGUUGCCUCAGAUUCUAAACGAAGACUUCACAGAGAAAAAAUUACAAAAUAUGGAUGGGAUGAAUCAGACAAGUUUAUGAAACUCUAUAUAACAUUCGAUAAUGUGCAGUCAUUAGAUAAAGAUAAUGUUAAAUCAGAAUUUACUGACAAAUCUAUAUAUCUGAGCGUUGACGGUCUCAAUAACAAGAAUUAUGAAGUACAAAUUAACAAUUUAUGUGAAGAAAUUGAUGCUUCAAAAAGCUACCAUAAGAUCAAGUCAGACAUGGUUCUAGUUAUGUUGAAGAAGAAAAAUGAAGGAAAAACCUGGUUCCAUGUAACUGCUAGCGAAAAGAAAAAAGCAGAGAGUGCGAAGCCUAAGCCUGAUGAUAAAGAUAUGGAAGAUCCACAAGCUGGUAUGAUGAGUUUACUGAAGAAGAUGUAUGAGGAAGGUGAUGACGAAAUGAAGCGAACCAUAGCAAAAUCUAUGUCUGAAUCACAGAAUAAAAGCGGAAUGAUGAUGUAACUUUAGAAUUUGGAAAAAUUUGUAUACCCUGAAUAAAAGGAGUGUAAAUGUCAAUUUUUCAAUAUUGCUUCAUGUCCAAAAAUUGUGAUUAUUUCAUCAUCACUGUAAAGCAAGAAAUGUAUGCGAACAAGAUAUUAAAACUACCAUAAAUGGGAUAUAUUUACCAGCUUUCGAAGUAAUAAAAUUAAUCAAUAGUGAUUAUUUCAAGUCAGUCAUAUGACAAUGUUAAAUUUAAAAAGAGAGAGAUGGGGUCUAAUGUCAAAUCAACACCAACUAGGUAAAUUCGGGACAAACCUGGUAUCCUCAUUUCAAUUUUUUGCCUGCAGAGAACCUUAGGUUAAACUGUUAGCAGUAAAAUUCUUGACUUAAACAGAUAAAAUGUCUUGGUAAUUGCUGUGCAUGUUAGACGACUUAGAAUUAUAACCAGCAUGUUCAUGUGAAAAAGAUUAUGAUACAGAGGGCUGGCAUUAAUUUAAUUCAUAUACAUUGUAUAUGUUAACAUGUUUAGCUUUAAUUUUAGGGCACAUAAAUUUCUUGUUGAUAUUGUCGUGGUGAUCAGAGAUUUCAAUUUUAUUUGUGAAGUUCAAGUGGCCAAUACAUACAUCAAUUAGUUGUUCUUUUUUAUGUUAUCUGUACUUUAUUUAUAGUACCUUUUAGAGUGGGAGUUGUAUUCUAGAUCAGAGAUAUCACUGUGAUAUUAUAAAGGAGAAU